AAGACGCAAGCUUCAGCUUCUUCUGCUAUCGUUGCUCGGCCGAGCAAGGAAACUCUGAAAGUGUUGUCUUUGUCACUAGUACUUAAUAUUAGCGAAUUAGUGAAUUAUAUAGUAAGUAUGUAUUCUUUUUAAAUCUUUCAAGUGACUGGUAUUUUUGGUGGACAUAUCUUCCUGAAGGAAGAUAGCGAGUUGUCUACGCGCGCGCCAAGAAACACUACAAUGUAUAGAAGGAGCCCUGGAAGACGAGAUGACAGAUCUUUUUCAGACCAGUAUGUCCCGGGUCGUGAUUUCGACCCACCACGGAGGGUUCCGGAGAUGCACGGCCCCCCUCAUUGGAAUGACGCGCGCAUGUCAAGGGAAGGACCCCCAAACGAAUGGGGCAGGUUCAAUAAAGAGUUCAUGGCACACGGCAACAGAAGACCACCGUCACCAGAGGACUACAAGUCCAGACGUUCGCCCCAUGAGUAUGUGAAUCGUCAGAGAAGCCCCCUCAGACCUCCACCGCUGGGAUAUGCAGAGCGGAGGCGCUUAUCUCCAAAAGCCUUUGACGAAAUGCACGGCCAUUCUCCCCGUCGGCUUCCCAGAGAGCGACUACCAUCGCCGGCGUUGGCUUUUGACCAUCACCACAGACGCCCGUCCCCCGACUGGGCCAGGAGCGAGCAUGGCGCCGGGCAUCAUGAGCGGCAGGAGGCGCCGGGUCCAGGCCGAGGCCAGAGGGGAUCCCGCGGACCCAGCCCCAGCCCCAGAGGAAGAUCAUUUAACCGCUCGCAAGAGAGGAGGCCGGAUCGGAUGGAGCACGGAAAUUACCCUGUGGAAAACCAGGAGCAUUACCAUGCCAGGAGCCCGUUUUCAGAUAGGUCACAACCCAAGAGGUCAGACUUUAGAGACCAUCGCCCGGAUAAGAGCUCCAGAGAUCUGGGUCAUUACGAGGAGCACGGGGGCCCUCAAAAGCCCUACAGCCGAGGCCCAGGCCAUGCACCCGUCAUUGUAGAGCACGACCACGGCAUCUCCCAGCAUGGAGCAGUGAACAGAGGUGGAGACGGAGACCGAAGAGACCAUGUCCCACAUGCAGGACCUCCACAGGAUAGACACCGGAGAGAUCAUGUCCCACAUGCAGGACCUCCACAGGAUAGACACCGGAGAGAGCCCAGACAUGAUGAGCGAGUGUCGCCAAGGAUGGAGCCUCCCCCCAAGAGGAGGAGAAGUCCUUCUCCUCCUCCUCAUCAUCCUCAUCCUCAUCCUCCUCCCAAUGUUCGAGCAAGGCAAAAGCAGCCAUCAGAAGAUCAUGAUCUACCACGUCAGUUCCAGGAUCGUCACGCUGGAGCACCGGCUGUAGACGUGGAUUUGAGGCCAGACAGAGUGGACCAUGGAAACUAUUCAGGCCCAGCAAAGUGGGAACAGCAAAGACCAGAUGUUAAGCAGCAAAGAGGCAAUGUGGGACAGGAGAUCACUCUGCCCAGGCCACUGUUUCAACACAGGAAUCUGAACGUGAACAGAGAGGCGCCCGCAGUGCCGAGAGGUGACGCUAGCGAACGAGAAACCCUCAAGAUCAAGGUGGACAUGAAUCGACACACGGGUCAGGACAGCAGCUCUUUCAGCCACAACUCCGACAGACAGCUGUCUUUGGACCUCGUCAAUGUGGGUCGACAACGACUGGACUUCCUGCCUAUGCUGGAGCAUUCUGGGACGUUCAGGGAGACCCAGGUGCACAGUGGCACUUUUGCCCAGGAGAUCAUCACUCUGGUCCAUCAAGUCAAAGAAAUGUACUUUAAAGGUGAAAAUGUCACCCUGAACCAUCGCUUCUCCAGUGUUAUGACCGCUACUCCUGAGGAGGAUGAAGAACCUGCCAUGGACAGAAGGAUAAAAGUGUCUGUACCUGAUACGAUGCCAAUUUUCUCGAAGAUUGAGAACAUGCAGAAACGGCCGCAGACCUGCGACCCAGGGGACCUUCGCCAUGACCUUGAGAGGCGAAGACAGGAACGUCUAGAGGGUGUGAAGGUCACCAUUUCUGGUGCCAGCUUCUCUCAAGCUGCGACUGAAAGUGUGGAAGCUGAGCCUGUUUUUGAGGAGGAUGAUAGGAUGGGUGUUGAAGAUGACCAUCGCUGGGCCGGGGAGGGCCCAGAGGAACAGAGGGAGUGGGGUGGUCAAAUGCCUGACAUGCACCAGAGAAUGCCUGGCCCAAACCGGAGGAACUUCAAGCGCCGGUUUAACCGCCCUGGCGCUCAGCCCGGCCCCAACAGGCGUCAGUACCACAACAGUGCCAACGGUGCCAACUGGUAAACCGUAGACUCGGGAGGGAUGCCAGUGUGUGGAGAGAGGGAGGCACAUAGUUCCACUGCCGCUUUCUUAAGAGGGACAUGGAACUGUGGAACACCGGAAAAUAGAACGUGGAACUGCUCUCUGUUCCGAACAUCCAAUUUAAAAAAAAAAUCCUCAUGUUGUGGAUUAUGUUGUGAAAAUAGUUCAGCUCUGUGUGACCUUUUUAAUCAAACGGACUUGAAGGACCUACUGUAAAUACCCUGUGUAAUGUGUUGCAACAAUGUUGUGGUUGUUUUAUUUUCUUUCAUAUGUUGUGAUUAAUAUAGAGAAAAUAACAUUUAUUUGUCCAAGUAUGAUUUGAAGAUUGAUCAAUACUUACUAACCUUUUCUUACGCUACAGGCCACAGGUUAUAUUGUUUUACAAAUUUAAGGUCACUGAAAAUCUAAAAAUGAUUUGUUGCCCACCCCACCCCACAAUUAUUUGUCAUGUUUUUCUGUUUUUUUCACAGCCUUUCUUUAUUUCUUGCCUUUAUAUGUCCUGUUGAAUAAAUGAGUUCUUUCCUCUG